AUUUCUGCAGAAUUAAGUAUUUAUAGACGGAUGAUUCUUUUUAUAGUAAAGUAAGCCUUAAAAAAAGGAGACAGAAUGACUUCUUGCAAAUGAUUCCAACAUUCGUUUACUAUAUCCCUUGAAUUUAUUUGUUGUUGCUUAGUUACACAUUUAUGUCACAAGAUCAUCUUAGUUUAGAUGAGAAGAAUAAAGAAUAUGCCCAUAUUGACGUAUUUAGUCAAUUUGAACCUUGGAAAUAAUAAUAAAAAAAAUUCAAUUGGGACAGAAUGACAGACAUGGAGAAAAGUGUUGAAAAGAAACGUGUUAAUUGUGAUAGCGUAGAAACUGAAAUGGGCGACGGAUUUAGAGAUCAAGACUUUGUUGACAGUAGAGGAAGCAGAAAAGAAAUCAGAGAAUUGUUUGAUAUUCCAAACGAAGAGAAUGAUGAUAAUAAUGAAGAAGAAGAAGAAGUUACCAAUGAUAAAGAAGAACAAGACGGAUUUAUGAAUCUAUUGAGUACGAUAAACUUUAGAGGUGUCAGUCUUGCUUUAAAUAAUGCAAAAUUCCCAGCCAUGGAACAAACAGCACUUUAUCGCACAGGAUGCCUUGUUAAAGAAUAUAUCAAGCAUUUAUCUGAAAAUCUAAGUGAAAAUGAACAAGAGAUUGAACAAGUCAUCAAGAAAACAAUUGAACAACAUAAACCAAAGAUGACCUUUGAAGAAAUGGAUAAGUCCUGA